ACUAAAAUAUGAAGACAGAACAGCUAAGAUGAGUCUGUAUUUGAUUUUUCUUAAUUCCACAACAAGGAAGACUCACUUUGAAGAUUUCUUUUUAAGUCAAAUCAGUGUUGGAAUGUGGUUUUCUCUUUGAAACCAUAUCUUGACUCCUCCUGCAAACCUUACUCAUUUUGAUGCUAGGCUAUCAUUGCCUAUGAAGUUGUAGAGCAGGGGAAGAAGAAGAUGUUUCCUAGUUCUCCAGACCCAAUCAUGGUUGAACUUCAUAGAUUGGAGAACAGGAUCAAAGAUAAGGAGAGGGAACUUGAACAUGCUAACAAUGAAAUUAAGGCAUUAAAAAUGACUGAAUUAAUGAAAGAUAAAGCUGUUGUAGAGUUGAGCAAUGAGUUAAUGAAACUGGAUGAGAAGCUUAGAGCAACUGAGAAGCAAUUAGAAGAUAAGAAUGUAGAAAUUAAGAAGUUGAGCAAAGAGAAGAAGGAAUCAAUGACUGCGCAGUUUGCUGCUGAAGCAGCACUGAGAAGAGUUCAUGCUGUUCAAAAGGAUGAAACUUCAGUUUCAGUUGAAUCUCUUGUUGCACCUCUUGAGUCCAAAAUCAAAAUGUAUAAAAAUGAGAUUUCUCUGCUCAAAGAGGAUAACAAGGCUCUCGAAAGCAUUACAAAGUCGAAAGACAUGGCGCUAAUUGAAGCGGAGAAAAUUCUUUGCAGUGCUUUGGAACGAGCAUUGGUUGUCGAAAAUGCCCAGAAUCAGAACUUCGAGUUGAAGAGACAAAUAGACAUCUUACAGGAGGAAAAUAAACUUUUAGAUAGAACUAACUGUCAGAAGGUUGUAGAGGUUGAAAAGCUUGUUCAAACUGUUCAUGAACUCGAGGAAUCACUUCUAUCUAAUGGCGAAACUAAUAAUGCUCUGCUUGAAUAUCAGCGCAAAAUUUCCGAACUAAAUGAAGAGAAAAAGGAGGUUGAGAGAGAGCUAGCAAAAGUUAAAAAAACAGCAAACCGAAUGGAUGGAAAUGAAAAUGUCAUGCCUGUGAAACAAUUGUUGGAUGAAAGGAAAUACUUGCAGGGGGAGAUUAAUAGGUUGCGAGAUAAACUAGUUGUAUCAGAAAGAACAGCCAAGGCAGAUGCUCAGCUGAAAGAUAAAUUCAGAUUGAGAUUGAAGACAUUAGAGGAAUGCCUGAAGAAACAAAGUGGACCAAAAAGACGGCCAUUGUCCGAUCAGCCAAGGCCUGCUCUUAAUGCAAACAGGGUCACAAAAGAUGUUGGCAGCAACAGAAUUAUGAAGAAAGUGAAUACACCAAAAACUGUCACCAAUAGUAGAAAAAAUUUGGUCCCAAGUAGCAAAGUCUCUGAUGAUAAUUGUGAGAAAGUUGAUGAGAUUUUUUCGGAACAAGCAGAAAUGUCUGCCAGAAAUUGUAAAGAUGAAUGUGAUGAUCAUGAGGAUAUGGUUUCAGGUUUCCUUUAUGACAGACUACAGAAAGAGAUUAUCAAACUGAGAAAAUCACAGGAAGAGAAAGAUGGAGUGUUGAUUGCUAAAGAAGAUGAGAUCAAGAUGCUUCUUAGAAAGAUUGAUGCACUAACAAGAAUGACUAAAGAUGCAGAAAUAAUUAAAUUGAAAAACAUCCAUGAAAACAACAGCAAAAAGAGCAGUCUUACAAAAAGAACAGUGAAGCAAAAUGCAGUUUCCACAAAACAAUUAGCAGCUUCUAACAAAACCAUUAGAAGAGAGUAGUACUACAUUGUCAACUCAUGAUCGUAUUUUUCAUCUUUAUGUUUUUCUUGUCUUCAUCUGAUUAUAAAAUUUAUCAAUGUUUUUUCUUUAUUUUUAAUGAUUGUAAAUGAAUUACAUAAGUAGAUACAAAUGAAAAGUCAUAUAUAUCAAGGCAUGAUGG